AUGGUGGACUCAUCGAAGACAGUGACGUUAUCAUGGCAGAACGUCAACGUCUACGUCAACCCACCAAAAGCUAGUUACCUGGGACCAGACCACGCUCUAGAACGCAAGCAUGUGCUCAGAAAUGUGAACGGGUUAGUGAGACCAGGAACGCUAGUUGCAAUCUUAGGAGCAAGUGGUUCCGGUAAAACGACACUACUCAAUACACUGACGUCACGAACAGACAACGAGGCUCUGGAGUCAGUAGGCGACAUCCGGGUGAAUGGCGUCGCUGUGGGCAAAGGAAUUCGGAACAUAUCGGGAUACGUCACUCAAGAUGAUCUUUUUAUGGCGACAAUGCCGGUCAAAGAACACCUAAUGUUCCGGGCCCUAUUGCGCAUGGAGGCGGAAGUGACACGGGAGCGCCGUAUCGAGCGCGUGAACGAGGUUAUAAAGGAGCUGGGUCUUACCAAGUGUCAGGACACCAUCAUCGGAAAUCCGGGCCGCAUCAAAGGCAUUUCCGGCGGAGAGAUGCGGCGGCUUUCCUUCGCUUCAGAGUUUCUUACCAAUCCGCCGCUGUUGUUCUGUGACGAGCCCACUUCCGGUCUGGACUCGUUCAUGGCUGAGAACAUCGUGCAGACACUGCAGCAGACGGCAAGGCGCGGUAAGACUGUCAUCUGCACCAUCCACCAACCCAGCUCCGAGGUGUUCGCACUCUUCGAUCACGUGAUUGUCAUGGCUGAAGGACGAGUGGCGUUCAUGGGAGGAGCCAAACAGGCUUUGGACUUCUAUAAGGGGAUCGGCUUGUCGUGCCCCGUGAACUUUAACCCCGCCGACUUUUACAUCCACACUAUGGCUGUAAGGCCCGGCAAGGAGACCGAGUGUAAAGCGCAAAUCGAGCAUAUCUGCAAUACAUUCGACGAGUCUGAAAAUCGCAAGGCGAUCCUUCGAGAUAUAAAGAGUUUGGCAGAAAGUCCGCAAGAAAAAGAAAUCAUUAUCGAGGAAGCGUUAAGCAGCACGUCGCGCUACGAGGCCGCCUUUUUUCAGCAGUUCAUGGCAGUGUUUGUACGCUCCUGGAAGAGCACGUACAGAGAACCAAUGAUCAUCCGAGUCAGGAUCAUCCAGACGCUUAUUCUGGGACUGAUGAUCGGUCUGAUGUAUCUGCAACUCGACAUCGAUCAACAGGGGGUGAUGAAUAUCAACGGUGUUCUUUUCCUCAUUCUCAUUAAUAUAACGUCCCAAAAUCUUUUCGGCGUGAUUCACACCUUUCCUCUGGAGACUCCGAUCUUCACACGCGAGUACGGAAUCGGUCUGUACAGAGUUGAUAUCUACUUUAUAUGCAAGACUCUUGCAGAGUUGCCGUCGUUCAACUUCAUUCCGAUUAUCUUCUGCAGCGUCACUUACUGGGUGGUUGGCCUGUACGCGUCAUUCGGAGCGUUCUGCAUGUUCACAGGCGUGAUCCUCCUGGUGGCUAACAUCGCAGUCUCAUUCGGCUACAUGGUGUCGGCUGCGGUCAACUCUGUAAGCACCGCCAUGGCUAUCUCCGCGACGAUAAGAAACCAUCUGCUGAUAUUCGGUGGAUUUUUUCUCAAUUCUCAUUCCAUACCCGUUUAUUUCAUCUGGCUCAAGUAUUUCUCCUGGUUCAAAUAUGCCAAUGAACUCCUUGCUAUCAACCAAUGGCAGUACAUCGACACCAUAAAGUGUUCAGCCGAGGCCAGCAAUAUUUCUGCCUAUAACACGAGCUGCCUGUACAAGGACGGCAAUAGCGUGUUAAAGUACAUGAACUUUAACAAGGACAGGGUAUGGCUGGACGUGGGGCUUCUCUUCGCCAUGCUGGUGGGGUGCCGUCUGAUAGCCUUUAUCAUACUAUUUAUCAAGGCCCGAAAGUUCAAGCAGUAG